AUUCGCGUCGCGUCCCCAUUUUCAGUCUCUCAGCCUGAAACUCAUACUCUAAAUCAAGUAAUAUCCAGUCUACAGUAGCCGGAAUUUGAGAAUAUCGGACGGUGAUUGAACUUGGAGAUUCGAGAUGAGCUGCAACGGGUGCAGAGUACUCCGGAAGGGCUGCAGCGAGAAGUGCGUACUGCGGUCGUCCUUGCUGUGGAUCGAAUCUCCGGAAGCCCAAGGCAACGCCACCUUGUUUCUCGCCAAGUUUUUUGGCCGGAGUGAUCUAAUCUCAUUCAUCUCCUCCGUCCCGGAAUCUCAACGACCCGCUUUGUGUCAAUCGUUGUUAUUUGAAGCGUGCGGGCGUACGGUGAAUCCAGUGAACGGAGCGGUGGGCUUGUUGUCGAGCGGGAACUGGCACGUGUGCCAGGCCGCGGUGGAGACGGUACUUUCUGGAGGCUCUUUGCAGCCGAUCGCUGCUAUUCUAGCCGGUGUUUGGACGCCGAGGAGCGAUGAGUCGUCGUCCUCUGAUAGAUUCCGUGCGGACGCAUACACAUUACAAACCCUGUACCCGCAGUCAAGAUCGUUAAUAAUGUUUAAGGAGAAUCAAGCGGCACCAACACCCUUUGACCUGAGCCUGUCCUUGACGCCCGAAUCCGGAGGAGGUAGACGCGGCGGCGGAGUGAGGAGUUACGAAGCGGAAAGGUGGAGCGGGAGUGCGGUGUCGUUGUACACUGAGGAUUCUUCGGAGAUAACCACUAUGGAAAGCGGCGAAAGCAGUGGGCAUGAAAGGAAGGUUUUGAACCUUUUCGUGUAAGAGUAAGAGUCCAAGGUGUUUUUUUUUUUUUUUUUUUUCUCGUUCGGUAUCCGAAACUUCGUUCUGACUAAUUCAGACCCGCACUUGAUACGGGAUCAGAAAAUAGUAGAAUAAUAAUAAAAACAGAACCUUUUUUUUUGUUUUCUUCUUUAAUUUAAUUUCCUCUGCAAAAAAUGUAAGGACUUGAUUUCCAUGAAAGAUCAAACUGAAGAGGUUUCUACAGUUAUUAUGAUUUGCAUAUUGAUGAAUGCUGACCUCUGAACAAUAAAAUUAUCAUUUUAUC